CUAACAGCGGCAGCAGCUCAAUUCUUGCAGAGACUUUGUGCUGAACACACGUAACUCAGCUCGCGGCACUGAAACCAAACCACACAGUCCAAUAUUCCAAUCCAAAGAGGCAUUGACGAGAAAUUGUACUACAAACUCCGUUUAAAAGAGUUCUACAAAGCCUGAAACAACAGUUAGGCUAGCAAAAGCAAAGAAAGAGAGAAAGAAAGUGCAUUUGUGUGCAAAAGACUCGAAAGCCACAAUAGACAGCAGUGCAUAACACGUUGUAAAUUUACAAGAAAUAAAAGGCAAAUUUUGUGAACAGUGUAAAGUGUGCGAGAACUAAACGAUAACAACAACAACAACAAAAAACAUUCGAUCAAUAUCAGACACACAGAAACAGUUAUAGAUAAAAGCCGGUGCUUGUGUGUGCCGGAAAAGUGCCAAAAACACUUUUCCUUUCAUUUGCUAUUCGUUUUGUUUACAUUUUUUUUUACUGUUCGCUUGUACGCGCACUGUUGUUACUUUUCAUUUUUUUUAUUGUUGUUAUUAAAUAAUAUUCAACAUGACGACCAAAAUGGCAAUCAAUGCAAAGGAUAUAUUCCGCAAUCAGCAUCGCUUGAUCCGCUUCAUUGAGCAGUCCAUACGCCUCUGCAGCAAUCAGUCGCUGAAGACGGCACAGCAACAACAACAAAAGACGGCCACAGCUGAUUUUGAAAUCAGCACCUCGAUCAACACAGCCCACACACACGCCCCCGAGCCCAUCAAGCAUGACAAGGAUCUGGGAGAUUUGUUCAAGGCAUCUCAGCUGGCGGUGCGCCUGGCCACACCACAGCAGCUCCAACCCAAGCCGGACAACGAUGAGGAGCUGGGCUUUGGCAAAUUGUUUACGGAUCACAUGCUCAAGAUCUACUACCACAAGAGUUUGGGCGGCUGGCAGAAACCGGAGAUUACGCCGCUCGAGAAUCUAGUCAUGCAUCCAGCGGCGAAGGUGUUGCACUAUGCAGUGGAGCUCUUUGAGGGCAUGAAGGCUUAUCGUGGCGUAGAUGGCAAGAUUCGCAUUUUCCGUCCGGAUAUGAAUAUGAACCGCAUGAAUUUGGCCGCACAGCGCUCGGGUCUGCCCACAUUUGAAGGGAAGGAGUUUGUAGAAUGCCUCUCCCGCCUCAUCUCCAUCGACUCCGAGUGGGUGCCACACACAGAUGCCGCCAGCUUAUACAUUAGACCCACGCUCAUAGGCAUCGACCCAACGUUGGGUGUUGCUUCCUCCGAUUCGGCACUGCUCUACUCCAUACUCAGCCCAGUGGGCAGUUACUUUAAGACUGGCAGCAACGGUGCCGUUUCACUGCUCGCCGAUCCCAGCUACACACGUGCCUGGCCCGGCGGCGUCGGCAAUCGCAAGAUGGGCUCCAACUAUGCACCCACCAUCAAUGUACAAAAGGAGGCAGCAGCUCGUGGGCUGCAGCAGGUGCUGUGGCUCUACGGAGAGGAUCAUCAGCUAACCGAAGUGGGCACCAUGAACAUCUUUAUGUUCUUUGUCAAUGAGCAAGGAGAACAAGAGCUGAUUACCCCGCCAUUGAAUGGCCUCAUUCUGCCCGGCAUUACACGCGACUCCAUUCUUGCCAUGGCACGUCAGUGGGGCAAGUUCAAGGUGCGCGAGGCUGUCUUCACCAUGCCCAUGGUCUGUGAGCUGCUCAAUCAAGGACGCCUGUUGGAACUGUUUGGCACUGGCACCGCCUGUGUUGUAAGCCCUAUCAAUCGCAUCAACUACAUGGGCCAGGACCUCUACAUACCCACCAUGGAGCAGGAGAAGCCAGUCCAUGAGCUCAUACGCGAAACGCUCACUGACAUACAGUACGGCAAGGUGCCACAUCCCUGGUCGGUGGUCAUCGAUUAGGCGAGGAUGCAAUGGAUGCUCCCAACGGGCCCAAAAGAAAUCCUGCUGUCUAUUUUUUUUCGCUUGUGAGGGGAGAGGGGGCAACACAGAGUUGUGUAUUAGUAGGCUACGUUAAUGCUAGUUUAGUUGUUUGUCGAAAACGAAAAUGUUUCUGGGUUGCCAAUGUGCUCGAAUUUUAAUUCUCUGUUUGUUGCAUUUAACAUUCGAACUACAUACUACAUACAUACAUAAAUACUAUGCUAGUUACUAUAUAUACAUACUACUUAUAGCCAAGUUAAGGUACGGUGAACGACGCUGCACCCCAAGCUAUAUAGUUACUAUAACAAAUGUUAGGAGUUCGCACUUUUGCAGUUUUAAAGCAUAAUUUAUUAUAUAGAUAGAUUUUUUUUUUCCUUUUUUUUCGUAUUUGUAUAUACCUAGUUAAACGUUACAGAUUUAUAUUGAAGUAAAUUAUUGGUAGCAUGAAUGAGCUUUUACUUCCAAAUGGAUACAACUAUAAACUACUAUAUUUUAAAUAAUCCAAAACAGCUAAACCUAUUUAAUAGCCAAAGUUAUUUAAAAAGAAACAAAAACAAAGUAUGAAAUUGUAAAAAACUGUUUAAACAUAACUUUGGUAAACGUACCGGAGACAAAUGCAUUUAUUAGUUCUUUAAGUUGCCCAGAGGUCGCCGUCGAGUCGCAUUUACUGGCUAUUAUAUAAUAUAUACAUGUAUCUAUAUUUUGUUUAUUGGAGGUAAAAGCAGCUCGCAUUUGAAUAUAUAAAUAUAAAGCUGAAAGAAAAUAAAGCUGAAUGAUAAUGAGCUGCAGAGCAAGCUGUGACUAAACUACACAUGUAUUUAAAUCUUAAUUAAAUUAUGUAUGUUUAUUUGUAUACAAUACACACACACACACAAAUAUGUAUA